AUGGACGUGGAAAUGGAAGGCAUUCCAGAGGAAGUUAAAGACGUAGAAGAAAAAAACCCAGAAAUUGAAUCAAAUAAACAACCAUCACCAAGAGGUGUGUUGGAGAAUUCUGAACUGGAAUCAGACUCCGACAGUAGCUCCUCCUCCACCACCACCACCACCAUCAGCGACGGCGGUGAAAAUGAUAUCCCAGAUACCCAAAAACCUGUUUUUCAGAAAUUGGCAGAUUCUUAUAGUUUUCAAUGGAGGAGGAUAUUUGAAUCAAUUAAGAGGAAAUCAGCCAACAGUUUCUCUGUGAUUCCUUUACUGACAAAAUCUACAAAACGUUAUGAGGAAGAAGAAGAAGACCUGCUUGAAAGCACACGUGAGAAACCUUCAUGGAGGAGCUUUUCUUACUCGGAGCUUGUUGAUGCUACUGAUAAUUUCAAUCCUGAGAAUUUGCUCGGAAUAGGAGGCCAUGCAGAAGUAUACAAAAGGCACUUACCCGAUGGUCGAAUCGUUGCGGUGAAGAAGAUAGUAAGUAUUGAUAAAGAAGAAGAGGAUCAAGCUGGUGAUUUCUUGACAGAACUUGGGAUUAUUGCUCACAUCAAUCACCCGAAUGCGGCUCACUUGAUCGGUUUCGGCAUCGAUGGAGGCUUACAUUUAGUCCUUGAGUUUUCCCCUUAUGGCAACCUUACUGCCAUGCUUUUUGGUAGUGUGUGUUUAGAUUGGAAAACAAGGUUUAAGGUUGCUGUUGGUAUAGCAGAGGGAUUGAAAUAUCUCCAUCACGACUGCCGUAAGCGGAUUAUACAUCGAGAUAUCACGGCUUCGAACAUAUUGCUCACCGAAGAUUAUGAAGCUCAGAUUUCAGAUUUCGGUCUUGCAAAAUGGCUUCCGGAACAAUGGCAUAACCAUGUUGUUCAUCACAUUGAAGGAACAUUCGGUUAUUUAGCUCCGGAGUACUUUAUGCACGGGAUCGUCGAUGAAAAGACCGAUGUUUUCGCAUUCGGAGUUCUUUUGCUGGAGAUAGUAACAGGUCGUCGUGCAGUCGAUUCAUCCCAAAAAAGUCUUGCGAUAUGGGCAAGACCGUAUCUGGAAUCGAAUCAAGCGAAGGAAUUGAUCGAUCCUCGACUCGAAGACAAUUUUGAUCCAACCGAAAUGCACCGAGCAAUGGUAGCAGCUUCAAUGUGCAUUAGUCACUUAGCCAACAUGCGUCCAACCAUGACAAAGGUUGUACGGUUGCUUAAGAACGAAGAUGAAGACGGUCCUGUAGAGCUUCACCAAAUAUCUUGUGGAAGGAAAGCGGUGAUUGUAGACGGCUGUGACUUGAAAGAUUACAAUUGCAACAACUAUAUAAAUGACUUAAAUCGUCACAUGCAGCUGGUUUUGGAAUAAUUAAUACCAACGUAACUUUCGAGUGUUAGUGUCGGACGACGAACAUGUAUGUCCGACACUAAUUUUAGAUAAGAAAAUUU